AUGGGGGCCUGGGGGCUCUGCUCGGAGGAAAGUAGUAACAAACAAAUGAGAAAGCAGAAAGGUAGUGGCAGACCAAAUGUCCAGUGUUCUCAUCCAGGAAAAAAUCCAUAUGGAAAAAGUAAGCGUGGGCAGAACUGGAAAAGCUUUGAUGAUGAUGAUGAUGAGUGCACAGAUACACCAUAUGGUACUUUUGGUGGUAAGAAAUCUUUUACAUGGUACUGGCCUGGGGAGAAUGAUGAGCUUGGUAGUUCUCCUAGUGGUUUUCAGUGGAGGGAUGAAUCGCAGUCUGCCAAAUCAAGGAAAAGGUUCUUGAAUGAAAGUGAUGUCGACGAGGAAGAGGAGUCAGCCCAUGAUGAUCUGCGAAGCUAUAGGAUCUCUCUCGGAUUGCCACUUUUAGGCCCGUUAAAACUGGAACAUAUUAAGGCUGCUUUUCGCGCAUCUGCUCUCAAGUGGCACCCAGACAAGCAUCAAGGACCUUCACAGGCUGAAGCAGAGGAAAAAUUCAGAAGCUGUGUGGAAGCGUACUACGUAUUGACGUGUGCCUUCAAGUCAAGUGGCUAA